UAAACGUAAAUUUUUGUUUAAAGCUAUUUCCAAGUAAUGUUUUCCACUAUGUACCAAUUUUGCGUUGGUUGGUAAUGUAAAAUGAGUGUAUUUCAGCGUGAUAAUGUAACGCUUUGUGUGCUUAUAGUAAAUGGCGCCAAAAUGUGCGAGUGUUAUUUUGUUUCCAGUGUAACGCGUCCACACACGAGGACCAGAGCUAUUCACUUGGCUCUUUAUUCCUUUCUGUUAACUAUUUCAGUCAUCUUUAACGUGACACAGACGUCUUUGAGAAAGGUAGAAGAUACAUCUUCAUGUCAUGGAGUUUUUUAAAGAGGAGCCUGAAGACUCGACUGAUCCAGAACCCUGCAAAGUGAAAGAUGAAGAAACUGAGGAACAAAUAGGUCUGUUGGAAGUGAAAGAGGAAAGUCAAGAACUGAAUGAAGUUGAAGACGGUCAGCAUUUACAGACACCUGAAAAUUGUAUAGCUGAAGAAGAACCUUUAAAUGAAAAUCUUUUACAAUCAUUUCACACCAGAAAGAGACCUUGCACAUGCCAUCAAUGUGGAAAGAGUUUCACUAGUAAACUAACUCUUCAAAAUCACGUAAAAAUCCACUCUGGAGAGAGGCCUUUCCAGUGCCAUCUUUGUGAAAAGCGUUUCGAUCAUAAAGGACAACUUAAUGUUCACAUGAGGAGUCACACUGGAGAGAAGCCCUUCUUGUGUCCUCAGUGUGGAAAGAGGUUUAUACAUAGAGGACAUCUUAACGAACACUUACGGAUUCACACCGGAGAGAAGCCUUACACAUGCACUCACUGUGGAAAUUGUUUCCGACAUCAAGCUAGCCUGACAUGGCACAUGAAAAUCCACACUGAAGAAAGCCCUUUAACUGGCUCUCAGUGUGGAAAAGUUUUCACACAGCAAGAAAAACUCAAGAGUCACAUGAAAAUCCACACUAAAAGGAAUCAGUUUACAUGCCCUCACUGUGAAAAGAUCUUCAGUCAUAAAGGACAACUUAAUAUUCACAUGAGGAGUCACACUGGAGAGAAGCCCUUCUCGUGUUCUCAGUGUGGAAAGAGGUUUAUUCACAAAGGACAUCUUAACGAUCACUUACGGAUUCACACCGGAGAGAAGCCUUACACAUGCACUCACUGUGGAAAGAGUUACACACAUCAAGCUAGCCUGACAUGGCACAUGAAAAUCCACUCCGAAGAAACGUUUAAGCGUUACGUUAGAAUGCAUCCUUUCAAAUGCCAUCAGUGUGGAAAGAGUUUCCUUCAUAAAGGCCACCUUAAUGAUCACUUAAGAGUUCACACUGGAGAGAAACCAUUCACAUGCCCUCACUGUGAAAAGAGUUUCAGUCAUAAAGGAUACUUUCAUGUUCACUUAAGGAUACACACCGGGGAGAAACCGUUCACAUGCGAUCAGUGUGGAAAGAGUUUCACGCAUAAAGGAAGCCUGAAGUGGCACAUGAGAAUCCACACUGAAGGACUUUUCACUUGCAACGUGUGCGGGAAGAGUUUCGCCUAUAAAAGGGAACUUCAGAUUCAUAGAAGAAUUCACACCGAAGAGAACCCUUCGACUUGUCUUCAUUGUGGAAAAAGAUUCACAUGUGUCAGAAAGUUUAAGUGUCACAUGAAAACUCACUCUAAAGACUAUGUUUACUCAUGCAAUCAAUGUGGAAAGGGUUUCAAUCAAAGAGGACACCUGAAUGAACACAUGAGAACCCACACCGGAGAGAAGCCCUUCACAUGCCAUCUAUGUGGAAAGAGCUUCAGUCAGAAAGGAACCUUUAACAUUCACCUGCGAAUUCACACUGGAGAAAGACCGUUCAAGUGCCAUGAGUGUGGAGAGAGUUUCAGUAAGAAAAGAAACAUGAAUGUUCACCUGAGAACUCACUCUGCCAUUAACCUUGCAUGCCAUCAAACUGGACAGAAAUUAAUUCAACAAGCGCACCUUAAUGAUCAUAUAAGAAUUCACAUUGUAGACCGACCAUUCACAUGCCAUCACUGCAAAAAGAACUUCAUUCACAGAGGACACCUUAAUGAUCACCUGAGAAUCCACACUGGAGAGAAGCCUCACGUGUGCCAACAGUGUGGAAAGCGUUUCACACAUAAAGGAAGCCUUACAUGGCACUUGAAAACUCACACUGUAGAGGAACUUUUACAAUGCCGUCAAACCGACAAGAAAUGUACAGAAAAUGCAGAUGUUGAGAGUCAGAAAAGAACUUGCACCGUAGCGAAGCCUUACGCGUGUCAACAGUGUGGGAAGCGUUUCCCCCUUAAAGCAAGCCUUAAGUGGCACAUGAGAACUCACGCCGAUGAGGAGCCUUUCACAUGCCACCUAACUGACAAGAAAUUUACAAAUGAUGUAGAUCGUCCGAUAAGAAUUCGCUCUGGGGAGAAGCCUUACGUGUGUCCAUUAUGUGAAAAGAGUUUCAGUCGUCAAGCAAUCCUUCAGAGUCAUGUAGAAACUCACUUUGAAGAGAGUCCUUAAGUCCUUUUUGACUAAAGCAUUACAAUAGCGCAAUAAGUUUGCAGAUGUUUAGGAAACAUGCUAA